GGGCAAUGGCGGGCGCUAGCAAUCUGCGCGCCACUAUCUUGUUUACCGCUCGCGGCUUGUUUUGCCCCACUGCGCCCUCCCCCCUAGCGCACUACGGCUGAAAAACCCGCCCAGUCGAGCACCCCUGCCAUGGAAUUCACUUCGUCUCACAAGUACCACACUGACUCUGUACAAGGCAUGCCGCAACCCAAUAUGCCCGGAGGUCUUUACGAUGAAACUAUGAAGAAAACCCGAGGAGCCCUAGACCGCUUCGUAGACGCUAAGACCAUGCCUUUCUGGAGCAAUCAGGAUACGCGCAAUGCUCUUAUCUCCACCAUGGUUCCCGCGGGAGCCGCACUUACCGCUUUCGCCGUAUUCGCGAGGGACAAGGAUGUUGUAAACUGGUGGCAGAACAUAAAGAAGCCUAGCUGGGCUCCAAAGGAUGUGCGCUUGUAUUCCGUCAUGGACAUACUAGCGCUUGCACCUCUUGGGUAUGCCUCUUACCUAGUAUACAAAAAUGGCGGAGGUUUCGACUAUACAGAUACCCGUUUUGCAUUGGGAAUGUACGGUGCUAAUAUGGCACUCGCCUUGGCAACCAUCCCAUUUGUCAAGAAGAAGUGCUUGGGUUGUUUGUGGAAGAACACCGCUCUCGUUCACUUAACCGCUGUUGGAACAGCCAUUGCUUUCUACAAGAUUGACCAGACAGCUGGAUUGUGGAUGGUCCCCUAUGCUCUCUGGACUGGUUUCUAUGCCAUUCUCACAUACUCUAUCCAUAGUGAAAACAAAGCGAUCAAGGAUAUCUAA